AUGCCGGCACCGCUGCCGUACCGAGCCCGGUGUAGCAUAAAGCCCACAGCGGUCCGGUACCGGUGCCGCGCCGAGCCCGGUGCCGGUGCAGUGCCGGCCCGUACCGAGCCCCGGGCUGCGCCGUCCCGGUCCGGGCUCGCGUGUCCGCCACCCCCUUCCCCCGUGCCGCGCCCGUCCCGCGGCGGCCCCGGCGGCAGCGCCGGCGACGGCAAGAGCGGCGGCCCGGGCGCGGUGGAGCUGGCGGCGGCGCGGCGGCGGCUGGUGGCGGCCGAGGGGCGGCGGCGGGCGGCGGCCGAGCUGGAGGGGCGGGUGCGGCAGGUGCACUGCGCGCUGCUGCACGCCGAGCUGCGCCUGGCCGCCCGCGCCGAGACCCUGGGCCGCCUCGGGGCCGGCGUGGCCCAGGCGCAGCUCGCCCUGGCGGCGCAGAGCCAGCGGCUGCAGAAGGGGCUGCGCCGCCGCCCGCGGCCCCGGCCCGGAGCGCUGCUCGCCGCCGCCCGCGCCCUCCGCAGCUGCGUGCCCUGGGCCCCCGCGCGGAGCCGCGGGGCCGCCGCGGGCACCCCCGUGCGCCGCCUGCCCGCCGCCAGCCGCGGCUCCGCCUAG